AUGGCGAACGCACCCCAUGGCGGCGUCCUCAAGGACCUGAUCGCACGCGAUGCGCCCCGACGCAAGGAACUGUUCGAGGAGGCUGAGAAGCUUCCGGCUAUUGUUCUGUCCGAGAGGCAGCUCUGCGACUUGGAGCUCAUCCUAAACGGAGGUUUUUCACCUCUGGAGGGUUUCAUGAACCAGAAGGACUACGACGGCGUAGUGUCCGACAACCGUCUCGCCGACGGCAACCUCUUCUCCAUUCCCAUCACACUCGACAUCUCGAAACAGACCAUCGAUGAGGUCGGCGUCAAGCAAGGCGCCCGCAUCGCCCUGCGCGACUUCCGCGACGACCGCAACCUGGCCAUCAUCACCGUCGACGAUGUCUACCAGCCGGACAAGGAGAAGGAGGCCCGCGAGGUCUUCGACAAGGACAACGACGUAGCACACCCCGCCAUCAAGUACCUCUACGAGACGGUCAAGGAGUACUACGUCGGCGGCAAGCUCGAGGCCAUCGACCGCCUGGAGCACUACGACUAUGUCGGCCUCCGAUACACCCCCGCGGAGCUGCGUCUGCACUUCGACAAGCUUGGCUGGUCCAAGGUCGUCGCUUUCCAGACGAGGAACCCCAUGCACCGCGCUCACCGUGAGCUCACCGUCCGCGCUGCCCGCGCCCGCCAGGCCAACGUCCUCAUCCACCCCGUUGUCGGCCUGACCAAGCCCGGUGACAUUGACCACUUCACCCGUGUCCGUGUCUACCAGGCGCUGAUGCCCCGCUACCCCAACGGCAUGGCCGUCCUUGCUCUUCUGCCUCUGGCUAUGCGCAUGGCUGGUCCCCGUGAGGCCAUCUGGCACGCCAUCAUCCGCAAGAACCAUGGUGCCACCCACUUCAUUGUCGGCCGUGACCACGCUGGCCCGGGCAAGAACUCCAAGGGUGUCGACUUCUACGGUCCAUACGACGCCCAGGACGCCGUCGAGAAGUACAGGGACGAGCUCGGCAUCGAGGUUGUUCCCUUCCUCCAGAUGACCUACCUUCCCGACUCGGACGAGUACAAGCCCAAGAACGAGGUUGAGCAGGGCAUCAAGACCCUCGACAUCUCCGGAACUGAGCUCCGCAAGCGCCUCCGAACCGGCCAGGAGAUCCCCGAAUGGUUCUCAUACCCCGAAGUCGUUCGCGUCCUUCGCGAAUCCCACCCCCCUCGCAGCCAACAGGGUUUCACUGUCUUCCUGACAGGUUACCAGAACUCCGGCAAGGACGCUAUCGCACGCGCUCUCAACGUUACCCUCAACCAGCAGGGCGGUCGCUCCGUCUCGCUCCUCCUCGGUGACACCAUCCGCAGUGAGCUCUCCAGCGAGCUGGGCUUCAGCCGAUCCGACCGCGACAAGAACAUUGCCCGCAUCUCCUUCGUAGCCGCCGAGCUCACCAAGGCUGGUGCGGCAGCCAUCGUUGCGCCCAUUGCUCCUUUCGAGGACUCAAGAAAGGCAGCCCGCCAGACUGUAGAGCGAUACGGAUCCUUCUACCUGAUCCACGUUUCUACCCCGCUCGAGCAUGCGGAGAAGACCGACAAGCGGGGUGUAUACGCCAAGGCGCGCGCCGGUGAGAUCAAGGGUUUCACUGGUGUCGACGACCCGUAUGAGGUGCCCGCCAACGCUGACCUGACUGUCGACCUGUCGACUACCAACGUCAGGACAGCCGUCCACCAGAUUGUCCUGCUUUUGGAGAGCCAGGGUCUUCUGACACAGUUGUAG